AUGUAUCGUCCUCCUUCUUCUUCUGCUUCUACUUCUUCUUCCUCUUCUCAGCAACAACAGAGUUCCAUUAGCCAAACUGGCCUCACAAGAUACGGUUCUGCACCCGGCUCUCUCCUCACCAGCACCGUCGAUGCUGUCUUAGGAGGAUCACGCCUUCUCCCGGGAACCGGACAUUAUUUCUCCGGUGACUCCAGCCACCUGCAACCGCAACAACAGCAACCGCAACAGCAACAACACCAACAGCAGAGAUCUUCUUACGAAGGCUUUGAUGGAUCAUCUUUAGUCCGCCAGAAAAGCUCUCCCGCCGGUUUCCUCAACCACCUCGCCACUCUCAAUCAUAAUAACAGCGCCGGGUUCACAAUCACGCGAGGCGGAAACGGAGGAUCAAGAUUGAAGUCUGAAUUGAGCUUCACCGGAGGAGGACAAGGACAAGAAUGUCUUUCUAGAAUAUCCGAAAAUGGCGUUGAUUAUGCAGCAGUAGCGGCAGGAAAUGGAUCAUUGCAUAACAGUAACUGGAGUGGAGGACCUGAUAGUAAUAAUAAUAAUAACAAUAACAAUUCGAAUUCUAUAGUGUUUUCUUCUUCUGUUUCUCAAAAUCAAACUAAUAAUAAGCGUUCGAGUAGAAACGACGACGAUCCCGACCUUCUUCUUCAUUGCCUUAACGCCCUCGAAUCUCAGUAUAGUCUCCCACAAACUUCUAUGGAAAUGGACAAGCUAAUGCAUAUUCCUCAAGACUCCGUCCCUUGUAAAAUCCGCGCCAAGCGUGGCUGUGCCACUCAUCCCCGAAGCAUCGCUGAACGGGAGAGAAGAACUAGAAUAAGUGGAAAGUUGAAGAAAUUGCAGGAUCUUGUGCCUAAUAUGGAUAAGCAAACAAGUUAUUCAGACAUGCUAGAUUUGGCAGUUCAACAUAUCAAAGGUCUUCAAACUCAAGUCCAGAAGCUUCAUGAAGAUCUUGAGAAUUGCACUUGCGGAUGUAAACAAAAUACAUAA